AAAGGGUGGCGAUCGUAGGCGAGAGGGUAGCACGGGAAGAAGCGGCGGAGAGGAAGGGAUAGAGGAACGGGGCUGGAGAGGGAAGAUCGUGGGUUCGUUCGGUAGGGCGCACACACCGGUCGACGACGACAGGAUUCGUCUCGAGGUGUUGUGUCGAGAGACCCUUUCCUCAAUCGCGAGGCUCCACCCACUACAGAGGACGAGAGAGUCUCCUUCUCUCUCGGAUCCGCUACAAUACUGCAAUGCUGCACGGGGGUUUGUAUAUACCCGGCGUCUGUCCGCCGCACCCGGUUUCGAGGAGUAGCAGGCACUGGUACACUACCAGCACCAACAGAAACCAGUAACCAGUACCAGAAGCAACGCCGGCAGCAGGCACCGACACAGAAAGCAUCCAGUCGGCGCGCGCAAUCUGGCAACAGUGGAUCGCUAUAACCGAUAUUGUGGCCGUGGAUUGAAUGGAGGGGAACUAGAACUCGGGUCAAACUCCCCACCCCGAAACCGGCGACCCCUCCGCGCCUCGACGACGACGAAUACGUCGCUCCUCUGCCCCUCGCGGCAACGUUUUCUCUCUUUCUCUCUCUCUCUCUCGCCAACCCCCUGGCUGCCCCGCAGCACCCCUUCGACGAGCAUCUUCGUCCUCCAGAUAUACCCUCCUGGUGCCGACGCGCUGCUGGCUGGCAGCUUGCGUAGUCCCCGUACUUCUCUCUCUAGGCUCGGGGGGGAUCCGCUCUCCUCUGUUCUCUACCCCGGAGGAAGAAGAGAGCCGAUCCAAUUCUCCCUCUCUGUUUUCAGUCUCUCCCGAACCAACGUGUACGUGUACGUGUACGUGUUUUGUACGGGGGCACGUGAAGUUGUGCGUGAGUGGAGUGCGUGCGAGAGCACAGAGUUUACCGUGGGCCGACGCUCCUGUCGCAACUCCCACCACCCCGCACAAUCGCACGAAUACCAGCGCACAAUACGGAAUUUUCGAGUGUUCGUAUGUAUGAAACGUUGUAGAGGUUUGCGUUGGUAUGCGGGUAGGUAGGUGGAUGGGUAAGGGAACGGAGGUACCACCACCACCACCACCGUCAUUGCUUAUACCUCCACCACCACCGUCGUCGUCGUCGUCGUCGCCGUCGUCGUCGUCGUCGUCGUCACCACACCACGACCGAGCACUACCAUCACCACCACCAUCAGGACGCACAACGUAGUAGAGGGCACCGGGCGCACACAGCGUCGUUGGCUUCAACAACCUCUCACUAGACAGUAUUACUUUCAACCGUUUAGCGUUCGGCCAAUGCUACCCGGACCGGACGACGGUACCAGUACCCAUUCGUAAACACUAGAGGCAAAUGUCGUGGUCGUCGUCGUUAUCUUCUCCGUUUUAUUCGUCGUCAUAUUCUUCUUCUCCUUCUUCUUAUUCAUCUUUUUCCUCUGAUUCUACUGCUUCGUCGUCGUCGUUGUCAUCGUCGUCUUCGUCGUCGUCGUUAUUCUCGUUUUCGAAGCUCCGCGUAUUCCUCGGCUCCAACCAUGACAAGCUGCUGUUGGGUGACGAUUGUGCCGCCGCGCUGCACGAGAUAUAAAUAAAUUUUGUUGGGACGGUUUUGACAUUUCUGUGAGAGUGAGUGUUCAUCCGCGCUCCGUUUUAUCCGACCCUCGUUCCACAUCCUCGUCCUCGUCCUCGUCCUCUUCGUCCUUGCUGCUGCCGCUGCUGCCGCUAUUAACGCUGCUGCAGUCAUCACUCGCCGCCGAGAGAGACCAGACUCGGGGGAUACCUAAAGGAAGUCGGUUUCAAUUAAUAAAAAAAAAUGAUAAAAGUUACACGACGAUAAGAAAGUGAUAUAUCAAUGCGUGCAGCGGUGUUGUUCAGUGUAUAGUUAACAGUCUGACAGUUCCAUUCAUUCCUCAUACGGUUGGAUACGAAUCGAGAGAAUUCCUCCUAUCUCUCAGUUAUAUUUAUUUGAAAACUAAAAAAAACCAACAAUCGACAAAAAAAACCAGCGAGUUUAGAUGUUGAUAACAAUGACAAGGUGAUGCUACGUAACUCUGGAAAGUGGAAAAUUGAUCGUUUUUACUAUCGUGAUGGAUGAUGACAAUUGACACAGUUAUGAUAGUUCUGUGUUAUGUGAAAAGUGUUUGUUCUAACCAAUUUGGAUUAUAACAAAACUCGUGGCGCGCUAUUCGCGGAGGAUAAUGUGCCACUUAAUCGGCCAUUAGGGCAACGUUGAGGGGAACGUCGUCUCAUUUAUACACGCGGUAUUUUCUUAACGUUAACAACGGCGGCGAUCGGGGUGGGAGUGCAGCCCGUGUUAUCAUCCGGCUAUCAUAACACGGCACCAUCCCACAACGGGGGUGGUGGGUCGACGCUAAGUGCUGCGGCGAUGGUGGCAGCAGCUACCGCCACGGCCACCGCCACUGCUAGCGUGGUGGCCAUGCAGGACCGCCAAGAUAUCCCCACGCAAUAUAACCAGAUGCAGAGCCAACAUGGAAUGGCUCAUCAAACGUACAAUACGGGGUACGCACAGAGAGGAGCGAUGGCUGGACUCGGUCCGGUCGGUAUGAAUAACUUUAAUAGCAUGGCGAGUAGCAUGGGCUCAAUGGGACCGAUGCAUACCAUGAAUUCUAUGAAUUCGAUGAACACGAUGGGCAGUAUGAACACUAUGAACCCUAUGGCAAUGGGAGGAAUGAACGGGAUGAACGGAAUGAAUGGUAUAAGUCCAAUGAAUUCAAUUGCCAACAUGGGUAACAUGGGAAUGAACAACAUGAUGGGACCGAAUAACAUGCAGAUGAAACAGAUGAAUAUGCAGGCACAGACUCAGCAAGGAUAUCCAAGAAGGUUAGCGCCAUAUCCCAACCCGGCGAUGCACAUGGCUCAGAAAAGGCAGCAAAAUCCUUAUCCGGGUCCAAACCCUGCCGCCAUGCAGCCGGGAUUCAACGGGAUGCAAGGCAAUCAAUAUCCCAAUGCUUACCCCGGCAGUCGGCCGAAUUUCCAAUCCCAGUAUCAGCCGAUGCAGGGAAUAAAUCCAUCGAACGCCGGUUUUGGACCAAACUCUAUGAUCCGGGGUACAACGAUGAGGCAAGCAACCCCCUCGUACAACCCGGCGGCACAAGCUGCUAAUCAGUAUUACGCCAAUAACGGAGUACCUACCAACAUGGGACCUACGUCCGUGAAUAACCAAUUCGUUGGACACCAACAGACAACAGGGUAUGGCGGUACUUCACCUUACGCUGCGACCAGUCAGUAUCAACAGGAUGUUGCGACAAUGAGAACGAGUGGAGCUGGAAACAUGAACUACCAGCAUAGUCCUAUACCUGGGAACCCAACUCCUCCUCUAACUCCCGCUACCAGUAUGCCACCUUAUAUCAGCCCCAAUCCGGAUAUCAAGCCGAACUUUAACGAGAUCAAAUCGCCGGUUAAUAUCCAGAAAGACGAGGAGCUGAGAUUAACAUUUCCGGUCAGGGAUGGUAUAAUCCUCCCCCCUUUCCGGCUGGAACAUAAUCUGGCCGUUAGUAACCAUGUAUUCCAAUUGAAAACUACCGUUCAUCAGACGCUGAUGUGGCGAUCUGAUCUCGAACUACAACUAAAGUGUUUUCAUCACGAAGACAGACAGAUGAAUACCAACUGGCCAGCGAGCGUUCAAGUUUCAGUAAAUGCCACACCAUUGGUAAUCGAUAGGGGGGAGAAUAAAACAUCCCACAAACCACUUUAUCUGAAAGACGUAUGUCAACCUGGGAGAAAUACCAUUCAAAUAACAGUUUCCGCGUGUUGUUGCUCGCAUCUAUUCGUCCUACAACUAGUUCAUCGACCAAGUGUACGGAGCGUUCUGCAAGGACUCUUGCGCAAGAGGUUACUUACGGCGGAACACUGCAUAGCUAAAAUAAAGCGUAACUUUAAUAACACAAUGUCGAAUAACGGGAUGCAAUCUGAGAGAGACCGAGAUGUGGUGGAGCAAACAGCGUUGAAGGUGUCAUUAAAAUGUCCUAUCACUUUCAAACGAAUCACGUUACCCGCGAGGGGACACGACUGUAAGCAUAUACAAUGCUUCGAUCUGGAAUCCUAUUUGCAAUUAAACUGUGAAAGAGGAUCGUGGAGAUGUCCGGUGUGCAAUAAACCGGCGCAACUCGAAGGGUUGGAAGUGGAUCAAUACAUGUGGGGCAUCCUGAAUACUACGUUGAAUACGUCUGAAGUUGAGGAAGUUACGAUAGACUCGGCAGCUAGCUGGAAACCUGCUAAGAGUUUGACGGGUAUAAAGUCCGAGGAAGAAAGCGAUUGCAAAAGAAUGAGUAAAGCCAUGUCACCGGGUAGUAUGAAUAUGCCCACAAUGAAUAAUUGGGACAUGAAUCAGGCGAUGAGCCCAUACAUACCACCGGACAUGAACAGCAUCGCAAGUGGCUCUAUGAUGAACAAUACCCCCACUACAUACGCCAACAAUAAUAUGAACCAUCGAAAUUCAUCGGGUGGCUCGUAUGACAUGAAUUCUGGGACAAAUAAUAGUAGUAAUAACGAUUACGCAUCUGGCGCAGGACCUCUAUCUCAUUUAAGCGACUCCGUCAACUCUCUUGAUCCCCUUAACGCGAUGGAAAAGUCUCUGAACGAUCAGAUGCCCCACACACCUCACACCCCACAUACACCGCACACACCUCAUACCCCUGGUGGCGGAAACAGCGGACCUCCAAGUGUACCACCAGCUUCUCAAGAAUCUACCGGAAACCACAAUACUUCAGGUAACACGAGUACAAACAUCAAUAACGACUCCACGGACAUACCCUCGGAUUUGAACUUUGACCCCGCUGCUGUAAUAGAUGGGGAGGGAACCGGACAGGAAGCUUUGAAUCUGUUGCCAGACAACGUCGUAGACCCAAUGGAAUUACUUUCAUAUUUGGAUCCCCCGGAUUUAAAUACGCCACCGAGUAGCGGAGCUAGCAGUGGAAAUCCGUCAUCUAGUGACGAUAUACUUGCACUGUUUGAAUAAACGAACGCCAGUGAUUUAAUAUAUACGUUACGAGGGAAUAAUCAAAUUAAAGCCCCAAAAUUUGGGGAGAGUGACCACCAAGUCCGUAUCCUACUGCAGAAAAAAAAAAUAAAAGUUAAAAAAAAUUCUCACAUUGUUGAAAUGGAAGAAAUAUUUCAUGUAGUAGGAAUACAAUAAAUGGGGUCACUGUGGGUGCUUUCACCUAAACAAUGGUACAAACAAUCUUAGCUCUAAUUGUAAUAUUCCUAUUGACGAAGUUAGGGCAUAUUAGACGUAGGAUAUUGGACGUACCCUCUAUCGAUGGUACCUAUCACACGCAACGUUAGCGCUCGUCUCUGAAGAACGUGAUACACGGAUCGGAGAGAACGAGAAAAUCAAACGAAACCAGUAUUUACAUGAAAUACUUUAAUGAUUGAAAUAUUUGUAAAAUUCACGUGAUACAAUCGAUCCAUGUGCAACGGUCUUCAUUUAGAAACGGUCUACUCGCGACCAAGGCUACGCCAGACAUAUAUCAGAAUCGAAAGAGAAGAAAACGAAAAGAAGAAAAAAAAUAAAUAAAUAAAAAACUACUGUACAGUAUCUUUUGUAUAUAGGUUUCACUUGAAAUUAAGUACGAUAAGAUAUUCAUCUGUUGUAAAACCACCUUGCUUAUUGAUGGAUAUAGCGCAUAUAGUGUUCCUUUCCUUUAGAAGAUAAUAGUAACAUGUGGAGACGAGUAAUCUAGGGGCUAACGGGCUGAACUGUACACUGAAAAUAAUAUUUAAGUAUUACCAGUAAAUAAUGAAAACAAUCGCGAUUACGAAAAAAAAAAAUUGAAUAAACUGAAAUUAGAAGAAGAAAAAAGAAUAAAUGAGAAAAGAAAAAUCAAGAAUACGAUGUAUCUUUGAAGUUUACCAAACGUUGAUCGUACGCCGAUAUAAUAAUUCCGAUUAUCACUGAUCAUAAAUGCGAGAGACCAAUAUUCCUAUAUUAAAUAGAAUUCCUGACAACAAACGCACAUUAUUUUGUGUUGAAGUUUUUUUUUCUUUUGUUCCUUUUGUCGGUUCAAAAAAAUUUUCUUUCACGCUUACACAUAAUUUAUAAAUUUUUAAUUGUAAGCGGUUCGAGAAUGGGUGCAAACCUCUUAAUUAUUGUCUUGACAUAUAACUACUGGUGUUAUCCGGUAAACAUAAGACCACGUGAGUGACGUGCCUGCAUUAAUUUAAAUAACAAUGAAACGACCAGUAUUACUCUUUCUUACUCGGGUGUUAAUUGGUUUUCGUAUACCAGGAUAAAUGAUAAUCUUAGAAUAAAAUAUGGGCAAUCAACUAGAAUCUCUAAAGAUACAUCGGCAAUUAUUUAGGUAUGGUCAACUCAUUUUCAAUAGCUUGUCCAUUGUACUCAUUAUAAAUUACACACAUACGCAGGCUGAUCAAUACAAUUUUCAUUUUUUAAAUCAGUGGCGGAUAUAUCGAUAUGACUUUAAUAGAAUACCGGCGCACUCCUAAUUGAUGGCAUUUUGUGCAGUACAAAUAUUAUUAUGAAAUAUUUAAACUUAUGUAAUGGUGUAAUAAUAAUAAGAAUAAUAAUAAUAAUAAUAAUUAAAUACGGUAUUCGUUAAAAGUUGAAAUGAUGUCGUGAUCGAAACGAAGAAUACUUCAUUUUUUUUGUGGAUCUUUUUUCUCUUUUUAUUUUCUCGGGAGAUGAAAGAAAAUUGCAAGCCGCUGAUGCAAAAAAAUCGAUUUGAACUUUGAAUUAGGAAAUGAAAAAAACAAAAAUUGGGCAUAACUAUACCUAAAUAAAAUUAUUUGAAACGCAAAAAAUGAUACUGGCAGAAAAACAAGAAAUUGGCCCACGAUCCCCUGCUUGCAUAGUAAUUAUUAUAUUUAUAUUUUUUUGUGAUUAAAAGAGGAGAUAUACUUAAAAGUGAUUCAUGUAGAUUAUACAAAUUUUAUAUAUUAAAAUAAUAAUAAUAAUAUUAAUAUUAUUAAUAAAAGAUAAAUAAAAAAUGUAUUUAUAUUAUUACGCGUGACACGAACGCCUGAUAAAGAAUUAGAUGCGGUCAAGUUUCUAUUCAUAUUAUAUAACUAUAUUAUAAUAACAUUAUGGAGGUUAGUUUUUAAUAUUACUUAUAUUAAGUGCGACGAUUGUAUAUUAUUUGUACAUAUGACAAAUAGAUUAAUAAUAUAAGCAAAGUGGCAGAUACUUAUUGGCCAGUUAUAACAGUAAAGAAGAAAAAAAAAUGGUUAUCUAAAUUAUUUCUCAGAACCAAAACAUACGAGAAACGUAUGGUAUUACCUACCUACAUAUACCCCUAGAAACAUUUAAAAAAAAAUAAUGAUAAUUGAAAAAAAAAAGUUAAUUAUAUGUACAAUACUAUACAGAUUUUAACAAGUACAGUUUUAAACUGUAUUCCCAUUAUUACUGACAGUAAUAAUGGUACUAUUACUACCUACCCAAUAAAGAACUAUCUACUUACUUCAAAA